AUGGAGGAAAGAGCGACGCGUUUUGGGUGGGCGAGUGCGGCCGUGUUCCUCUUCACGGCCGUGUUCAUCCACAAUCGAUAUCAUCAUCUCCCGUGGCAUUUCUCCCACCAGCAGGAUGGUACACAAGAAAGAAAGGCAUAGAGAGGCGAUGCUGACAGAUCUAUCCACGGCGUUUGUGGCUGCAGAUGGCUUUGUCGACAGCGUUUCCCAUUCGAACGCCACAUGGACCUGUGGCGAGGACAGAUCAGCAGCCGACCGCAACAGAUCCGGGCUGGCAGGUGGAUGAAUGGAUGCGAUGGUCAUCCCCGGAUGCGAUGGAGUCGGCUGUUGGCUGUUUGUGUAUCCACAGGUCUUCUGCGAGUGCCGAGAUGCAGUGUGUAUCAUGUGUUCGACCCACGCAGCAGCAGCUGGGUGGCCACCGCUGCCAACAGUGCUGCCAACAGAUGCUCUAUGAAGUGCCCUCUUCACCACCACUGCAAUGUUGAUGGUUCUGAUGUCGCAGUGGAGUAUGGAGGCGAAUGGCCAUACCUUGCUGUGGAUGACUGCCACUUGGCUCCUGCAAUGAGCUCCCUCCGAUGCGGCGCAUUCAGUCUCUUUGGUCCUCGAUUCAGGUAGGGCGAUUGGGCAGAAUACGAGCACAUCUCGUAUUUUCGUUCGCUUGUUUUCAAUCAGUCAUGAGAAGAAGAAGCCCUUCUUCUUCAGAGCAGGCACGACCAGUUGGGAUCCGAGAACAGACCUUCGGCCAGACCUCUUCCUGAAGGCUACGCGGCUUCCGAUGGACCCUUCGCUCGAGCUGCCGGAGGAUCUCACUUUGCAAGGGCAUCUGAAGGGCGUGGUUCAAACACAGGCAGGACUUCUUAAGCUGAUCCAGGGGCACCCGCUUGCUUCUCGUGGCUUUCUUUUACAUGUGCCACGGCCGCUCGUUGAUAUCUUCUUCACGAAUUCGACCUUGCACCCGCUGCAGAAGGAUUUCGACGACACAUUUGCUCGUCUGUGGCGGCAGACGUAUGGCGAGCCGCACCCGAAAGAAGUGAAAGACGCCUUGGUGGAGCUCGGCGACGAAUGGCUUUCUCUGGCAGAGCGGAUUUUUAUCGCGCAUACCAAAAGUGCCUUUAGUGACAUGAACAAAGACCUCGCAUCGGAUGGUGGCGCAGAAGAGCACCGAACCAUCGCCUCCAUCUUUCGUCUGCUCUUCCGAUCGGACCUUGGUCGUCUGGAUGCGAUUGUCCCUCCCCGCCAGGUGAUGACACGCAGGCAGGCAUACAGAGAGACACGCAAGCCAUUACGUUAUGUCAGGAAGGGCGCGUCUAUCGCAUUGCCACAGCCCGGUCGUCCUCGGUUGAGGGGACAUACAAAGUCGGCGUGUCCGUCUCUUGGCCAUCUUUCGCCUCCACGUCACUCAGCAAGUCGUUUGCACGAGCCUGGGGCGGGGGAUACCAUUUGGAGAGUUUGGGGAGACUCGGCAUCGAGAUCCGGCAUGGGAUCGAUCCCGAAUCAGAACAGAGCGGGUUCAUGUUCGACAUACCGUGGGGUGUGGUGCACAAGAACGCCUUCUUUUCCAUUCUCCUUCGCCGGUGUCGCCUUCAUUUCCAUCCUUUCGAGAGUGUGUACACGUACGUGCCGCGACUGGUGCAGGGCAUCUCAACCUAUUCAGAGGAGAAAGAAGUCAUGUUGCCCCCCCUCUAUCCAUUGCGAGUCGUCAAUGUCACGAAAAAGGGAGGUAGCAUGAGAAUUGAGGAAACGAGACAAGCUCACCUAAUCACGUGUAUGUUGUGUCACCAGGAGGUUCGACAUCGAGUUGGAAACUGACUGCAUCAAAGCGCAAUAUGGCAAGAAAAAAGACAUGUGCGACAUGGAUGUACUUAUCUCACAUGCUUACAGGUGUCUCUCGUCGUGUUGAGAUGGCAAAGGUGCCCGUGAAGCUGACCCACACACCACUUAGCAUUGAGCUGGCUGGCGGUGUCAUGAUGCGCAUGAUUGACCGAUUCGCUGCCGUCCCUGUCCGCAACUCCACUGUACUCACGACAACACGAGACAAUCAAUCAUCAGUCACAAUACAGGUCAGUGUUUGAUGGAUCCCCUCCCCCUCUGCCAGGUGCAGAUGGAUGUGUGGGUGUCUGUACGUGUGUAUAAAGGUGUAUGAGGGCGAGUCCGUCAAGGCCAAGGACAACACACUGGCGGGCGUGCUCGUGCUGUCCGACAUCCAAUUGUUGCCGGCGGGGGUGCCGCAAAUCAUGGUGGGUACACAGACAGACAGACAGAUAGACAGGGAGGGAGGGAGGGACGAAACACCUCACUGUGUGUGUUUGCACGGACACACAGACGAGUGUUACGGUUUAAAAAAAAAAAGUGUGUUUGUAGGUGUUGUUUGACGUCGAGCCUGAUGGAAUUCUUACUGUGUCAGCCCAGGAGAUGGGCACGGGCACGCGCAAUGACAUCAUGAUCGCCAGAGAGGAUCACCCGAUGGUCGUCAAGGUCGACACAAACGGCAAGAAGGCGUCUGUCGGCAUCAGGAGCUGGCAGAGCUUCGGCAGCUUAUUGGACACCUACCACACCAAAAUGGGCCUUUCACCGAACACAUACACGUGAGCAAAAGGAUGGAAGGGAGGGGUGAGACACACACUCACACACAGAGACAGAGAGAGAGGGCUGAUUUCAUUCAUCCAUCCAUCCAUCCCUCUCGCCCUUGUGUGUGUCGUCCGUCAGUUUCGUGUACAAUGGCCGCCGCAUCAGCAGACACGACACACCCCACCUGCUGGGCAUCAAGGAGGGCGACAUUAUCUUAGCAAUGCCGUCCGAAGCGGCGCUGAUCGGCCCCAGGAACCGUGUCUCCAUCACGACAUCCGAGAUCGGGCUGUGGGAGAGAUGGAGAUCGUUCACAGUCGUCGUCCCGAAGGGCACCUACAUUUCAACCGUCAAAAUCUAUUCGACCAAAACCUCAGAAUACGGCCAGGAUACCUUCCAUUUUAAGGUGAGACAUGCUUGGAAGUGCUCGGGCGCUUUGCUGCUAUCACGUACAUUCUUCGCUUGCGUGCAGGUCUUCGAAUGCAAGCACUGCUGCAUGCAGGCAGGCCCUAAUCUGCUGCAGCGGGACGUCCUCAAUCUCGAAGACCUGACGCCAGCACCGAAAGGCGCCGCUGACAUUCUGGUAUGUCCAUCCAUUCAUGUGUGCGCAGGUGUCGCGUGACGUCCAUUCAUGUGCGUGCAUGUGUGUGUGCAGGUGACGUUCUCAAUCGCCGAGGAUGGCAUCAUCACUGUGUCAGCCGAGGAGAAAGGGACGGCCAAUCGCGCAAACAUCACCAUGCCUCAGCUCGCCAUGACACAGCUCUCCCACGUUUCUCCCCCCCAUAUCAAAGUCAGCCGAACACAACACAUGGACGUGAGAGGGUCAUGUCAUGUGUGGUGUCGCCUCUGUGUGUGUAGGUGAUGUGUGGGGACGAGGGGAAGGAGCUCUACUUCACUGCAGGGUAAGCAGCCCACAGCAAUCGAAGGGCUUCCUGGCUUCCUGGCGCAUGCGAUGCUGCGCCUUUGUCUCUGUGUCUGUCAGCAGAAAAUGGACCAAGCGCAUGAGUUAUUUGAUAUAUGCCUGGCAAAAGGAGUUCCGUUCAAAUCCAAACACAUACAGGUGCCAGUGGACACACAGCCAGCCAUCAUCUGCCAGAGUUCCCUGUGUGUGACGUCUCACAGGUUUUUCUAUCGAGGUGAGCCCGUGUAUGGUGACGACACGACGGACAGCCUGGGCGUGAUGGACGGAGACAUCAUCGAAGCCGUUCCUGAAGACCGACCCGCACGCAUCCGUGGAAACACCGCACCAUUCCAGCGAGGUCUGCAACGCUGUGGACGAGAAAUGCAUGCACACGAUGCUCUUCGCCACCCACGUGGCUGCAGGUGCGUCGGGACCUCUCAUCGUGACGACCCAAUUCGAUCUCGCGAUCGAUGGCGGCGCGUCAAUGGAGGCGUUCAUCCACCGCGACACUGCCCUGCCCGCCAACAGGAGCAUGAUAUAUACGACAACCAACGACAAGCAGACGGACGUUCCUUUCGACGUCAGAGGCUCAACACACUCGCCACUUAUCUGUGGAUAAGUCAGUGCGUGUGAGUGUGCAGGUGUAUGAAGGUGACGGUUCUCUGCCACUGAACCAGAGCUACCUGCUGGGGCAAGUGUCGCUAUCUGAUGUCAGCCCCGCCCCCAAGGGAGUGCCUAAGAUACAGGUACAUUGAGACCGAGACACACCGAGCGGCUUCACCGACAUUUCAUUCAUUUCUCUGUGGGCAUGUGUGUGCGUCAGGUCACAUUUGCUGUCGACAUCAGCGGCAUUCUGACGGUCUCAUUGGCUGACUUGGCGACAGGCAACCACAAUGAGACAACCUUUACCGUCAUCAUCGACAAGUCGUAUUGAUGUGGAUAUGACAUACUACUACUCUGCGUCUCAGUUGCAUUCGUCAGUGGUAGGUGGAGGCUUUGUGAGCUGGGCUGCAGGUCAGAUUGAUCACGUCAGUCAGUGGACAGACAGAUGUGUUGGUCAGUGCUGCCGCAAAGAGCAGAGAGCUUGUACAAUAAGAG